UACAAGUGGAUUAACAAGAAGAUGAUGAUCAUAUUUUAUUUACUGCUGAUGCUCAGAGCGGGGCGAUGCGCACACGAUCCGAUCUUUGACACAAAGACUGUUGGUGUUGGAGAUGAUGUGACUUUGACAUGUCCCCGCCAGAAAAAUUCGCAAACAGAAUACUUCUUUUGGAUUAGGCUUGUUUCUGGAAACUUUCCUGAAACCUUCAAGGGAACGCAUCAAUUUGAAUAUAAUGUUGUUCACAUGACUCCUCGCACUGCAACAAAACAAGGGCCUGAAACAUUUCUUCUGCAGAUAAAUAAAACAGAGCCAAGCGAUACUGGAGUUUACUACUGUAUAGAAGUAGACUUACUUGAUAUGACAUUUUUGAAAGGAACAUUUCUGAGAAUUAAAGAACCUGAUAUCACUGCCACCAUUCAAGACCUUCCAUCUGAUCCAGUCCGUCCAGGAGACUCAGUGACUCUGCAGUGUUCAGUCCUCUCUGACUCUGAGACCAAGAUGUGUGAAGGACAACACAGUGUGUUCUGGUUCAGAUCUGGAUCAGAUGAAUCUCAUCCUAAAGUCAUUUACGCUCAUGGAAACAGUGGUGAUGGAUGUGAGAAGAGUCCUGAGGCUCACGCUCCACAGAAAUGUAUCUACAACUUCUCUAAAAACGUCAGCUCCUCUGAUGCCGGGACUUAUUACUGUGCUGUGGCCACAUGCGGGGAGAUAUUUUUUGGAGAUCGGGCAAAACUGGAAAUUGAAGUCAACAUGUGGGAUUUGGAGAAGGCCAACACAGUUCUGUUUCUGUUAUGCGCUGCUUUGGCUAUAAGUCUAAUCGUCAAUAUGUAUACCAUCAAGAAGAAAACUUGUGAUUGUUGCAACGCUGCUCCGCAAACAAAUGCUGCACCAGCCAGCGGUGAUCAGCAAAGUCAGCAGAGAGAUGAGGAAACAUUAUUUUAUUCUGCCCCAACCUUCAACAAGAGGAAAACUGGCAAAGCAGAGAGAAGGAAUGAAGAAGCGGCAGAGAGAGAGACGAUCUACACCGAUGUCAGGGCGUUAGUGAAAUAAUCAAAAUCUACUGGAUUUGCUUAUUAAAGCUAAUAUCAUUUUUGUCUGACACACUGUUGUAAAUAUGCUGCUUCAUUUCUGAUAUUGCUAAAAAAAACUUUUAUUUGGAUAACUUUAAACAUUUUGAAUGUUUAACUUUGACAUUAUGUUUUGUUCAAUCUGUUUGCAUUGUAUGACAGAAGGGCAUGGAGUAUCAUGACGCACUGUGGAAUAGUUUUAGUGGAUUUUUAAGGUGAUAUUCUACAGCGUCUCAUAUCUAUUAUUUCUUGUUACAUUUUUGUGCAUUUUUUUCAUUUAAAGUUGGAGGGUUGAGUCGUUUACGAUCCGUCUCUUUUGUCUGAAAUGUAGUUUUAAGCCUGUUAACUUCUCCUAUAUGUAUCUAUGCAAAGCUACGGUGCACCAUGUUCAGGGUUUUUCAAAAGUUUUGUUUUGUCUCUGAUUUUAUGAAGGCAGAUUUUUAUGGAAUUAAAAUGAAAGUAUAUGAAAGUGA